AUGCAGGCGGUUGUGCAAUGGGUUGUGAUCACGGCGAUCACACUCCUGUACCUGCUCCAAGUGACGGGUUUGGGAGCCAAAGUGUGGCACCGCACCAAGACAUUCCUGGGACGAGAUGUGGAUGAUGUCUCGAACAAGACUGUGGGCCCGGAACCACCUCUGUUGCAGCAACUCGGGGCUAUGCUCCAGCCGGUGACGGAUACUUCAGAGGAGUUAGUGAAAAUGGUGAGUGCACUGAUGGCGAAGCGCCCGCAUCUGGAUAUGCUCCCGGAUAUGAAGGAGACCAUGGAUCAGAUCCAAGACCGCCUCACCAACGGGGUCUCCAUGGUUACAAACGCCUCGCGGGAAACGGAGCGGUCCCAAAUGGUCACGCUGCACAAUGAUGUGGUGGACGUGGGCAAAGGGCAAGCAGCCCUGGCAGCGGAGCACAAACAGGUGCUGGCUCACACACAGGAGGCGGCACGUCUGCUCAAGGGCACACAUGGUCUGGAGCCUAUUUUUCAGCACAUCACUGGAGUGAUGCAGUGUGUGAAGCAAUUAGGGCCAAACCUGUCCCGUUUGAUGGGCGGAGAUAUGACCGAAAUUAAGAAUGCACUGCAGAGGGUAGAGGACCAGAAUGCAGCAAUGUGCACGAAAAUUAAUGAAUUAGAUGUGAAGUUGAACAGAGCACUUGAGAUUCUCGAGGAAUUCAAUCAGCAGGCAACUCCGCAUGCUCAGGAGCCCUCUGAGGUGGAGCCCAGCCAUUGA